UUCCCCUCCACUAUGUUAAGUCAGGUUAGUUUAUUGCUCCACAUUCUCUGUUUCUCUUGAGAAAGCCGGGGAAACACCCUAACCCAGUGGUCGUCAAACUGUGGGCCGCCGAGCACGAGGUGUAUUGCUACAUUUGGUUGUUCAAUUUGUGUACUGCCACGUGUACCGGUCAUUUGCAGAAGUUUUAAAUUGAAUAUCCCGGUACAUGUUCACCCUACACAUACCCUACGUUUAUUACAUGGUUAAAUUUGAAAUUUUCAACGGAAUUAUUGAGCCUUGAACCUUUCCUAUUUUUCUAUAUGGGCGCCAUUUGAAAAACUUUGCCAACCACUGGCCUAACGUAACCUUAGAUAAACAAAAUAAAAAAAAAGAGCCAGGAAAUUAGUAGAGGGGCAAUACCAGGAUACUACUCUGUACUGUUAAUUGUAUUUUGUGUAGGAUAUUUAAAGUCGAACUUGGCCAACUAUGUGCUGUAUAUAUAAAUCUGUAUUUAUUUUCGACCCAUAGUUGAUACGAGUCUAAUUGAUAGCAAAGUAAUACCAAAUGCAUUUCAUUAAUGUAUACUUUCUUUUUGCUGUUGUUAUGUAUAUAUUAAGCUGUAAGAUUAAAAAAAAUUGUGAUAUGAUGUCACAAACAUAAUCAUUCAGCUGUGACGGGAUUACUUGCAAUUUCAUCAGAAGUUGGAACCUGCUAAUAUCAUAUCUGGAUUACUCAUAAAAGUUCAAAGUUUAAAGGUCAUUAAUUCAUUGAUCCAUAACUGGAUAACUCAAACUUCUGGGGAAGUUCAAAGUUCAUAAAAUCAUUGACUUGUAACUGAAUUACUCCAAAUUCUGAGGAAGUUAAAAGUUUAAAGGUCACAAACUCGUUAACCUGUGACCGAAAUGAUGAUUCCAGCAGUGAUAAAAGUCUUCCUAUCUGACGAUCCAAACUCAGCUGUUGAUGCUCCGAUAACUCCUAACACAACUGCUCUGGAUGUCAUACAAUACUGUAGAGAACCCGGUGAAACAGCUUGCCAUCUGGCAGAGCUAUGGAGGGGGAAUGAAAGAGAAGUCAGUGAAGGUGAGAAACCAUACACCAUACUACAGCAAUGGGGAUCAUAUGCACCAGAGGUUCAGUUUUAUCUCCGUCAUGUUAGUGGGAGUGCUGGAAAUAUUAUCGAACGACAGAAUAGCUGGGCUGAUGAUCAAAAUGUCAUCCAAUCUCUUGCGAAUCGAACCGAUCUGUCCCUAACUGAGCUGAAGGAAAUGGCUCAAAGACAACAAAAACAAAUAGAGCAGCAGCAACAAAUGCUUGUAGGAAAAGAACAGAGGCUAAGGUUUCUACGGCAACAGGCACAACAACAACAAGCAAUGUUGGGCGAAAACGAUCGACUGAAACGACUCAGAGAGAAAGCUGAAGCCCAAGAAGCUAAGUUAAAGAAAAUUAGAGCAAUGAGAGGAAAAUUGGAUCAAAGAAGAUAUGACAACACAACUCUCUCUGCUGAACUAGAAGCAGUGAGAGCGUUGUUUGAAGAAAAACAAUCGGAAUUAUCAAAAGCCGUUUCUAAGGUAGACGAUCUAACAAGACAACUUGACGAUCUAAAGAACAGCAAAUUGGGGUCAGGAGGUCAAGAUAGUGGUCAACAGGUCACUAACACUGCAGUCGAUGGAAAUUACUCAUCCACAUCCGAGCUCGAAAAAUUACGGAAGGAAUUAUCAAUUUUAAAUCACAUGAAUGAAGAACAACAAAAACAACUCAAUGAAAAACGAAGCGUUUUGAAAAAACGGAACGAAGACGCUGGCGAUUUAGAUCGCAGAAUUGAAGACCUAACUGACAGAUUAAAAAAGAAACGUGCCGCUGCAGGUCUUCCCGACGACCAAUGGUCUGGGGGCGAUAAAAACAAAGCGCAAUCGUACAAAGUACCGCCAGGAAAAAUGCACACGAUUGUGGCCGCAGUCGAACCGGUAAAACAAAGCCCGCAAAAUGUACAAGAGGAUUAUGACAUGAUGCAUAUGAAGCACAGGCAAGGGAGUUACCAGGGAUAUGGUCAGGAACAAGUUAACAACAACAAUAGUCAAGGGAUGUUACAACAAGCUGGCCAACCCUAUCGUGGUCAAAUUGAUAAUUCGAACAGGCAAACGCCCCCUUAUAUGCCAAGACAAAACACGUAUGGCGCUCCUAGUGGAAAUAAACUUCCCCAAAAACAGCAGUUAACAAAAUCGAAUAGCAGCGAUAACUUGCAAGGACAGGGUGAUGGUUUUGCAGCUAACCGUGCGAUGUUCGAAAAAGCCCAACCGGGCAACAAACCGCCCCCUAUUUCUGCUGGAAAUCGGGCACAGUCUGCGAUGGCACAGCUAUUCCCAACUCCACCUCCGAAAGCUGAAUCUCUCACUGCCAAAGUGAGACCAAUGUUCGCAAAAGGAGCCCAGCAACAGCAAGGCUACGGAUCUCCUACCGCAACAAACGCAGCUUCUAGCCCUGGAAUAAAUCUCUUCGCUUAUACUCAACCACCUGCCGUCACAACCCCUUCGUUUCUGCCUUCGAAUGUUACCGUACUUCCAAGUGGAAAUAUCCGAUACACUCAACCCCCUGCUGGUCACCCUCCACCCCCAUACCCAAGCGGGUCUCGUGCUGUUUAUGGGGACUCUAAUUCCCCUGAACGACAUGUACCAAUUGAUAUAGAAGCACUUCGAAGAAAAUUUGCACACGCACCUCGCCCGCUUAAAAAGAGAAGUUCAAUUACGGAGCCAGAGCGACCUCAAGGGCCUGCGAUCCCAAAAUUCAUUUAUGAGCAAAUUUAUAAACAAGCUGACACGCCCUUUUACCGCCCAAGUGGAGAUGACACGCCUGCUGUUCCUGUACCUCCCAUACCAGACACCCCUCCACCAGCCUAUGUGGCACCAGCGAAGCCCCCACUUCCACCCAUACCGGCCCCAGAGCAGCAACUACCAGAUGCAAUUAGUUAUGAGCAUAACGUGUCUCCUGCAGCGUAUCGCAAACAGCAACAAAAUUUACGUAAAAUUGCGGCGGCUGUCAAUCAAAUGAAAUCAGGGCAAGAAAUCAGUCAAAUCCCCACCCCUGAAGUACAAGAAGACCAAUCACGUGUCAGAGAUGAUUACGAUGACCACUCCCCACAACAUUCAAAUGACUUUGAAACUAGUUCAGAUAUAUCUUCUUCCACCCUUCCAUCAAUAGUCGUACCACAACUUCCUUACGCCCCCGUCCCGACGAAAAGCAAUCUCAAAACGAGAGCAAGUAUUCCGAAGGGUCUACGGAUCCGUUUCGACCCCCUUGCUCUUCUGCUCGAUGCCUCUCUUGAAGGGGAAUUUGAUUUAGUUCAGGAUAUUAUCGACCAGGUUCCAGACCCUAGUGGGGCCAAUGAUGAAGGGAUUACUGCUCUACACAACGCUGUUUGCGCUGGACAUACGGACCUUGUUCGAUUUCUUGUACAUUAUGGGAGUGACAUAAAUGCAGCUGAUACUGAUGGCUGGACACCUCUGCAUUGCGCUGCCUCUUGUAACAACUUGAGUAUGGCAAAGUUUCUCGUAGAAAAUGGGGCUUGUAUCUUCGCAACUACGAUAAGUGAUGGUGAAACCGCAGCUGAUAAAUGUGAAGAAUUGGAUGAAGGAUAUCUGCCAUGCUUUGAUUAUUUAUCAGGAAUACAGGAAAAGUUUGGAAUUGUGAACAAAGGACAAGUCUUUGCUUUGUAUGAUUACGAGGGAGAGGCAGAAGAUGAACUUUCUUAUAAAGAUGGCGACAUCAUGACUAUCAUACGACGAGGAGAUGACAGUGAGCUGGAAUGGUGGUGGGCAAGAAAGCAAGAUAAAGAAGGAUAUAUCGCUAGAAAUCUACUUGGAAUGUGGCCAAGGAUAAAGCCUAGAGAUGACCGAGAUUGAGAUGGACAUUGAAACGAAACUUUCAAAUUUU